CCAUUUUACAGAUGCCCUGAGAAGUAGGAGACUUUGCGUGGGGUCAUCUUCUGUUUAGCUGUCUUUAUUCUCUCUCUUUGCCUUCUUGGCUUCUAUUUUCUCAGCCUCCAACCAGCCCCGAAGGAAGUGGUGGGGAAGGAGAGGAGAUGGGCCUCCCAGCGCGGAACCGGAUUCUCUGGGCUGGAGACCAUCAGACUCCAUCCCCCAGUCACAUGCCCUAAAGGGUCUCAAACUUAGCCUGUAUCCAAAUCCUGAGGUCUUGUUACACCACAGAUCUCCAGGCCCUACUCCAGAGCUUGGAUUCUGUAGACCUGGCAUGGGGCCUGGGACUGUGCCUUUUUAGCAAAUUCCCAGGUGGUGGUGCCAUGGCUGCUAGUAUGGGAGACCCCACUUUGGGAACCUUCAUCCCAGGGAUCUGAGCCACAGGUGGGAACUUGAGAGCUGGGGCCCUUCCUGGCUGUGCAGGUUGAGUAGGCAUUGGCCUGGCUGUGUGCUUAGCCACCCUGCCCCAUAUCCCAGCCUAGCAGGUCUUCGAGGUGCUGCUACCACUGUUCUGGGAGUAUUUGGGAAGUAUGUGGGGGCGUGUGUUCUUCACACUGUUUGUGGAAGUACUGAUGGCCUUGAGUGGGACGGUCCUUAGGUUGUCCCUGCAAUGGGCAAGAGCUGCCCCUUCCAAAACCUGGUUGCUUCAUCGAGAAACGUGGAAAAACCACACUCCUUGCUUUUCCCCUGAAUCUUCCCCUAACGUUUCCGUUGGUGCAUCUUUGCUCAUGUACUUUCUUCUUCCAAAAUUGACCCGCAAGCUAAACAAAACAUGAACUCAGAACCUUUACCCAGUUGCUCUCAAUUUUUGCUUGGCCAGGAUGGCAUUUUGUUCAGGAUGCAACUCCUUGGAGACCCCAAAACACCUUUCUUGAACAUCCAUACUCCCAACACAUGAGCAGAGCGAUUUGGGCUUAUCAGUUCCAUGGAGAAUAAAUCCCAAACUCCUUCCUAUGGCCCACAAGUCUGUGGCGAUCAGCCCCAACUUCAUCCAUCUGGUGACACUUUUUAUCCUGAAACAGGCUUCUGUCAUUCCCUUGUUAUUGGCUUUCUUUAUGCUUGCUGCUUGGUGUGGAACAGAGCCUCCUGGAUACUUCAUUUUUAUUUUAUUUUGGUAACGUAGUCCAGGCACAUGGUAAUACGCACAAAAGGCACACUGUGAAAAAUAAUUUCUCCCUGACCUCCUGCAAAUUUUCCUCCCCAGAGGUAACCACUAGUCCCAGUUUAGAGCCAUCAUACUUAUGUGUUCAUCCAAGAAUAUUCUAGGCCCAUGCAGACUUGGAUAUGUGACAUCUUUUGGGGUGUGUGUGUUGGUCUGUUAAUGGUGUUAGAGGUACAGCUUUUUUACUUGGUGCAGAAGCCUGGGUGCUCUUCCUCAGUUGGGGUGGAGGUGGCCUGUAUUCGUACUGGCUGCAGAGAGACCUGCUGUUUGUCUCUAGGGUGUUACUAGCCCUGUCCUCAGUUUGUGGACAUUUAAGUCAUUUCCAGUCUCAGGCGUGACACAUGUGCUACAGUGAAUCAUCUUGUGUGUGCUCUGCCCCCGACUGACUGCAUCUGUAGAAUGUUUCUAGGAGGAGAUUGUCAUCAAAGACUAUGUGACAAAGUGAAUGUUUUCACAGAUGAUGGUGGAGUGGGGUGAGGAUCCCCGAGGGAACGGGAGGAGUUUUUCUCGGGGGGAUGCACCAACCCAGUGCUGCACCUUUUAAGUGCGUUUUCUCACUAACAAGCUGUUGUGUGCCUCUGGGCCCACCGUGGGGCUCUGGGUGCCUUGUUUUGGAUGUCUGUGGGAUGAUCCCCAGAACUCUGGGGUCUGUUUCCCCUCAGGGUGCCUGUGGUUAGCAUUUAAUUUCCUCUCAGGGCUGUGUCCCCAUGCAGCACCCUGAACAUUUGUUUGGGAUUUUUCUGAAGCCUGCCGGGUGAGACUGGAGAGGUCCAUCAUGUGGACUGGAGUUCACGAAAGCAGCUCAUGCCUGCCUUUAUGAGCUGCAGGAAGAUCUCUGCCUUUCGGUCAGGGUAAAGCACCAGGCAGCCUUGCAUAGGCCGUAUUGGAUCCUGUUCAUCUGCCCGAGCGGCUCCUGUCCAGACACAGAGGACGGAGACACACACACACAGCCUGCAUGCUGGGACUUGCCUGAGAACUCAGACUGGAGGAGGAACAUCGUUAGGUUAUCUUUGGGGCUAGUCAUCUUCCCGGAUCCCACAUUCCACAUCCCAGCCUGUCAUCUGUGCUCCUGGCAUAGCUCUCUCCCCUCCUGGUGCCUGUAAGUUCCGUUUCUCAGGGUGUAAUGUGCACUGAGCCAUGCCACUCUGUUGUCCCUAAGCUGACAAGACGGCCAUCGGGCAUGGAAUGGAGCCACGUCCCUGCAGAUCCUGGCUCCACAGAGAGAACAGCCCAGAAAAGAAAGUUCCCCAGUCCUCCACAUUCUUCCAAUGGCCACUCGCCACAGGACACAUCAACAAGCCCCAUUAAAAAGAAAAAGAAACCUGGCUUACUGAACAAUAACAAUAAGGAACAGUCAGAACUAAGACAUGGUCCGUUUUACUAUAUGAAGCAGCCACUCACCACAGACCCUGUUGAUGUUGUACCGCAGGACGGACGAAAUGAUUUCUACUGCUGGGUUUGUCACCGGGAAGGCCAAGUCCUUUGCUGUGAGCUCUGUCCCCGGGUUUAUCACGCUAAGUGUCUGAGACUGACAUCGGAACCAGAGGGGGACUGGUUUUGUCCUGAAUGUGAGAAGAUUACAGUAGCAGAAUGCAUCGAGACCCAGAGUAAAGCCAUGACAAUGCUCACCAUCGAACAGUUAUCCUACCUGCUCAAGUUUGCCAUUCAGAAAAUGAAGCAGCCAGGGACAGAUGCAUUCCAGAAGCCUGUUCCAUUGGAACAGCAUCCUGACUAUGCGGAAUACAUCUUCCAUCCUAUGGAUCUUUGUACAUUGGAAAAGAAUGCUAAAAAGAAAAUGUAUGGCUGCACAGAAGCCUUCUUGGCUGAUGCAAAAUGGAUUUUGCACAACUGCAUCAUUUAUAAUGGGGGAAAUCACAAAUUGACACAAAUAGCGAAAGUAGUCAUCAAAAUCUGUGAACAUGAGAUGAAUGAAAUCGAAGUAUGUCCAGAAUGUUACCUAGCUGCUUGCCAAAAACGAGAUAACUGGUUUUGUGAGCCUUGUAGCAAUCCACAUCCUUUGGUCUGGGCAAAACUGAAGGGGUUUCCAUUCUGGCCUGCAAAAGCCCUGCGGGAUAAAGAUGGGCAGGUUGAUGCCCGUUUCUUUGGACAACAUGACAGGGCCUGGGUUCCAAUAAAUAAUUGCUACCUCAUGUCUAAAGAAAUUCCUUUUUCUGUGAAAAAGACUAAGAGCAUCUUCAACAGUGCAAUGCAAGAGAUGGAGGUUUACGUGGAGAACAUCCGGCGGAAGUUCGGAGUUUUUAAUUACUCUCCGUUCAGGACACCUUACACGCCCAAUAGCCAGUACCAGAUGCUGCUCGAUCCCGCCAACCCCAGUGCUGGCGCCGCCAAGGUAGACAAACAGGAGAAGGUCAAGCUCAACUUUGACAUGACGGCAUCCCCCAAGAUUCUGAUGAGCAAGCCCAUGCUGAGCGGGGGCUCGGGCCGCAGGAUCUCCUUGUCGGAUAUGCCGCGCUCCCCCAUGAGUACGAACUCUUCGGUGCACACGGGCUCCGACGUGGAGCAGGAUGCCGAGAAGAAGGCCACGUCGAGCCACUUCAGUGCCAGUGAGGAGUCCAUGGACUUCCUGGACAAGAGCACAGCUUCACCGACUUCCACAAAGAUGGGACAAGCAGGGAGUCUAUCCGGCAGCCCGAAACCAUUCUCUCCGCAGGCGCCGGCGCCAGCCCCCACGAAGGCGGACAAGACGCCCACCACCGGGAGCAUCCUCAAUCUUAACCUGGACCGGAGCAAGGCCGAGAUGGACCUGAAGGAGCUGAGCGAGUCAGUCCAGCAGCAGUCUGCCCCCGUUCCUCUCAUCUCUCCCAAGCGGCAGAUCCGCAGCAGGUUCCAGCUCAACCUCGACAAGACGAUAGAGAGCUGCAAAGCACAAUUAGGCAUAAAUGAAAUCUCAGAAGAUGUUUAUACGGCCGUAGAGCACAGCGAUUCGGAGGAUUCCGAGAAGUCAGAUAGUAGCGAUAGCGAGUAUAUCAGUGAUGAUGAGCAGAAGUCCAAGAAUGAGCCAGAGGAUGCGGAAGACAAAGAGGGUGGUCGGAUGGACAAAGAGCCAUCUGCUGUCAAAAAGAAGCCCAAACUGGCAAACCCAGUGGAGACUAAAGAGGAGCUGAAAUGCACAUCUCCAACCAGUGAGAAAGCAGAUCCAGGCUCAGUCAAAGAAAAGGCAAGUCCCCAGUCUGAGAAGGACUUUGUAGAAAAAGCGAAACCCUCACCUCAUCCCACAAAGGAUAAACUGAAGGGAAAAGAUGAGAUGGAUUCCCCGACAGUACAUUUGGGCCUGGACUCCGAUUCAGAGAGCGAACUCGUCAUCGAUUUAGGAGAAGACCAUUCUGGGCGGGAGGGUCGAAAAAAUAAGAAGGAGCCCAAAGAGCCAUCUCCCAAGCAGGAUGUUGUAGGUAAAGCUCCACCAGCCACUACGGCGGGCAGCCAGUCUCCCCCCGAAACGCCGGUCCUCACCCGUUCUUCCUCCCAAACUCCCACGGCUGGUGUCACGGCUGCCACCAGCACCACAUCCACGGUCACGGCCCCAGCCGCCGCCGCCACGGGAAGCCCGGUGAAAAAGCAGAGGCCACUUUUACCGAAGGAGACUGCCCCGGCUGUGCAGCGGGUCGUGUGGAACUCAGCAAGUAAGUUUCAAACGUCCUCCCAAAAGUGGCACAUGCAGAAGAUGCAGCGCCAGCAUCAUCAGCAGCAAAACCAGCAGCAGCCGCUGUCUUCCCAGGGGACAAGAUAUCAGACCAGACAGGCUGUGAAAGACUGUCUUUCGUCAGAGAUAAAGCUCGACUCUAGUUCAAGUGCUGUCCAGCAGAAGGAGAUCACACAGAGCCCGUCCACCUCCACCAUCACGCUGGUGACCAGCACUCAGUCGUCGCCCCUGGUCACCAGCUCGGGGACCACGAGCAGCCUCGCAUCUUCAGUCAGCGCAGACCUGCCCAUCGCCACCGCCUCGGCGGAUGUUGCCGCGGACAUUGCCAAGUACACUAGCAAAAUGAUGGAUGCAAUAAAAGGAACGAUGACAGAAAUAUACAAUGAUCUUUCUAAAAACACUACUGGAAGCACAAUAGCUGAGAUUCGAAGGCUGAGGAUCGAGAUAGAGAAGCUUCAGUGGCUGCACCAGCAAGAGCUCUCUGAGAUGAAACACAACUUGGAGCUGACCAUGGCCGAGAUGCGGCAGAGCCUGGAGCAGGAGCGGGACCGGCUCAUCGCCGAGGUGAAGAAGCAGCUGGAGCUGGAGAAGCAGCAGGCGGUGGAUGAGACUAAGAAGAAACAGUGGUGCGCCAACUGCAAGAAGGAGGCCAUUUUCUACUGCUGCUGGAACACCAGCUAUUGUGACUACCCCUGCCAGCAGGCCCACUGGCCUGAGCACAUGAAGUCCUGCACUCAGUCAGCUACUGCGCCUCAGCAGGAAGCAGACAGUGAGGUGAGCUCGGAAACACUAAACAAGUCAUCCCAGGGGAGCUCCUCCAGCACACAGCCAGCCUCUUCGGAAACAGCCAGUGCCUCGAAAGAGAAGGAGACGACAGCUGAGAAAAGCAAGGACAGUGGCUCCACCAUUCCCGGAGCAGUAAAUCCAGCAGCUGGAGUAGCGACGAGAAGCGAGGAUCUGCACGUUCUGAGCACAACGCCAGCACCAGCUCGAAGAGUCUCAUCCCGAAAGAGUCUCGGCUGGACACCUUCUGGGACUAGGGACAAAUGGCGACAUAAGCCUCCCACCCCAUGGAGGAAAAAAAAACCAGACACCAAGAAAACAGGAAACAGCAAAGAAACAUGAGGUGGGAGAACCACCACCUGCAGACUUGAGAACCGCACACCUUCGGACUUGGCCUUUGCCCCUGGCGCCAGGGGCAGCCCACACUACAUAGCGUCCGGCAUUAGCUUUGACUGAGGAUUCUUCCACCCACAUGAAAUCGACGCUUUAGAUGUAAAUAAUGUACAAUUUGUGGAUGUCAUUGAACCUAGAGUACCUUCCCCUUUUUAUAUUUGUAUGGACUUUAACUUAUAAAAAAAAAAAGAAAAAGAAAAACAAAACCCAACCAGAAACAUUUGGUGUUGGAGAAGGGACGGUCAGGCAGCCCACAUGUCACACCGUGGCGUGGGGACUGGGCCCAGCGAUGCUGUUGCACCCAGGCCCUCGUCCUUGAAUGCCCAGGGGAGAGUGAGCCGUUUGCAUUCAUACGCCUGUACUCAGCACAUUAGGUUCAGGAGUGUCGGCACAGAGCCUGUGCUGUCGUGGGCACAUCACGUCAAGCCAGUGGCCCCUUUCAAAUGCUACGUUACUCUGUUAUAAAAUGUAAGUUCUCUGGAUCAGAAGGACACAUGGAGAAGCUAGUUUAUUUUGUGGGAUUUCAAAGAUGACUCUACUCCUAAAAGGGAAAAAAAAUAAGGUCCUUGUUUACAGAAGAUAAACCGAAGCUCCGCUCAGUUGAGUUGCAGAAGAGAAGAACCCAGAGAGCGUCGGUCAGAAGCUCUGCAACAGCCUUUGCUUUGCUUUGUGGUUUCUUUAAAUACACUCACACAUACUUGGUAAACGAUACUGUGCUUCGUGGAGGCAGGAUGCACGCAGAGGACACUGGAGUCUGGGAUGAAGCAUGUAUGUAUUAUUUAUAUGAUGGAAUUUUACGUUUUUAUGUAAGCAUGAAACAAAGGCAGUAUGAGAGAAAAGACAGCCGUCGUGCUGUCUGUUACACUACGUAUGCUGUAGUACCACUUUGUAUGUUGUGUAAAACAAAAAGCAUCGAACGAAGCAAAAGGUGAUGUAUGUAUAUGAGAAAAUUAACUGUACGAUACCAUUCCAAUACAUUCUGUUGUACAUUUUAGUCCUGUUUACUUUCUCUUCAUUGUUGAUAAGAGAAUGCGAACUGUACAGUUUCCAGCUAGUUACCCAUAUUAGAAGAAAUAGAGAGAGGGUAUUAGAAGAAAACAGGAGAGAAAGAACAUUUGUGAAUUGCAGUUGUCAAAAAAAAAAAAAUAGCCUAGCUGGCCUUAUUUGUGAAGCAUAAUUGCUUUUAGCAUAUGGAAGUAUUUUUUCACAUUUUCUUUGUAUAAAAUUUGUAUUAAACUUAAAUAUCUUUUUUGAUGAUGGUGUUUCUUUGUGACUGAGCCAGUGGACUCACGGUAUGCUCUUUGGGUUCCCUCCCUCCCCAACCUCCCCAUUUUUUCAGAUCCUUCAUCUUUUUUUUAAUUAAACUGUUUUGGCAAAAUG